CAAAGGUAAAACAAAUUGUUAUCAACAAAUUAUAGAGCCAGUAAUAGCUUUUAUCAAUGAAUUAAACAUCGUAUUAAAUUGUCAUUUUGCUCUGUUUAAUCCUUGACGAACUCAUCGCCUUGGUCAACUAUAUCAUCUGUUAAACUCUUGGCUAAUAACUGGCAACAGUCGACUACCUGUAACUGUCCGACGAAAAAUGAGCGAGAUUUUAAAUGGUGAUGGGAAUUGAAUUAAUUGAAGUUUAAUCCAUGAUUUCGUGUGUUGAUUCCACCACAAAUUGUUUAUUUAUCACUAUACACAUGUAAACACAUGAGCAAUGAUUUGCUGUUAUUUUUGACUUGACUCUUCUAAAAAAUUGUAAAUUUUGAUAGUUAAGAUAUUAUUAAUUUUUUAAGAUGGGACUUUAGACAAGGGAAAAUUUGAGACAGUCGACUGCAUUAUAAUUUGUAGAUUAAGAUUAUACGAAUUAAGUUUCUCUACAAUUAAAGCAAGAAAAGGCCAAGAAUAAACAUUUACAAUUAGGGAUAAAAGACUAGACAUGAUGGUUGCAUAUGAAAUGUUUUGUCACUGGAGUCAAUCAAUAUUGGACCGUCACUAUUCAGCCAAACAUCAAUGCACUCAUGAUCGAGUUGAUGAUUGAUCACUAACCAUCAAUUUGAAUUGAUCGACACCAUAUUAUGUUAAAUGAUCAGACCAAUAGAUGACACUAAUAUCUUUGUUCGAAGAAAAAUUGUUUAUAGAAUUAAUUUCACGUUCAUAGAUGGAGCAUCCAUAGAAAUCUUCUUCAUGUUAUGAAAAAUUUUGUUUUGUUUUCAUAUAAAUAUUUGAACUCAAGGGUAUUAGGAAUGAAUGAUUAAAUGUAAUUCUGUUGUGUUUUAUUUGUAAUUAAACUGUUCUUUAUCAGUUUUUCUGACAAUUUAUCAAUCUGAUAAGCUAUCUUAAUCAUCUGUUCACCUCAAGGUGAAUAUCUAAGAUAUUUUAGCAAUGUCCAAGUUGCGCAAGGAAAGAAUUGCCUCUAAUUUAAACGAAGAAGAAGUCGCUGAGGCCUUGAGGAUGGCUAACUAUUCUGAAAUAAUCAGACAAUUAGACCAUUUUUAUGGACAAGUCAAGAGGCAACUCCUUCAAUUUCAAUCACCAACAAGUGGACUAUUUCCUCGUUUAUCAUCUGAAUUACGUGAAGCUCAUGUUCGAGACACUUUAUACUGUUCAACUGCAAUAUGGGCUCUUUAUCAAGCUUACACCAAACGAAUUGAUGACGACAAUGGAAAAGCAUACGAACUUGGUCAAUCAGUUGUCAAAUGCAUGAGAGGAGUACUUUUUGCUUGGAUGAGACAAUCUAAGGAUAAAGUAGAGAUGUUCAAAACAAACCAAAAUCCUGGCCAUGCAAUACAUUCGAAGUUUGAUUUGAACACUGGAUUACCUUUAACUGAUUGUCCCGACUAUGGUCAUUUACAAAUUGAUGUAGUUUCGUUAUAUUUAUUGCUAUUAGUACAAAUGAUUGCUUCUGGUCUUCAAAUUAUUUAUACAAUGGAUGAAGUCAACUUUGUUCAAAAUCUUGUCUACUAUGUUGAAAGAGCUUACAGAACUCCAGAUUUUGGAAUGUGGGAAAGAGGAAGUAAAUACAAUGAUGGUACACCAGAAAUUCACGCUUCUUCAAUCGGUAUGGCUAAAUCAGCUCUAGAAGCAAUCAAUGGUUGCAAUCUUUUUGGUGAAAAAGGUGCUUCUUGGAGUGUUAUUUAUGUGGACAUUGAUGCUCACUCACGCAACAGAAGCAUUUUCGAAGCACUUUUACCUCGAGAAUCUAGCUCUAAGAAUACUGAUGCAAGUUUGUUACCGACCAUUAGCUGGCCAUGUUUUGCUACUCAUGAUCAAUUAUUGUAUUCUAAUACAAAAAGAAAGAUUCUUAAAAAACUUAAAGGACACUAUGGCUUGAAAAGAUACCUUCGUGACGGAUAUGGUACAGUUUUUGAAGGAAAAGAUAAAACAAGACUUUAUAAACCUGGAGAAACUCAACAAUAUGAAAAUAUUGAAUGUGAAUGGCCGAUGAUGAUUUGUUUUCUUAUUAUUGAUGGACUGUUCGCAAACAAUAUUGAACAAGUUAAUGAAUACACUACGCUUUUAACCGAGAAAAUUGUACAUCGCGAUCCAGUUUUUGGUGAUUACUUAAUACCUAAAUAUUUUUACACACCACCAGAAUAUAUUGACGCCGAAAAAGUUGAACCUCACUCAAUGCCAAAAAUUGCUAGUCAAGAGGGAAGCGAUUACAGUAAUCUGUUUCUUAUGGGACAAGCUCUUUUCAUCAUUACUCAACUGGUUUCUUCAGGUCUUCUGAAUAUUAAUGAACUUGACCCUAUCAGAAGGUAUAUGCCAAGCUACAGUAGACCCAAGAAAACUGGAAGAUACUCUGCAUUUCAGCGCAAAGCUUCUGGUACAGGCUGUGAUAUUGUUGUUCAAGUUGUUCUCAUUGCGGAAUCAAUGAGACUUCAAGCAAUGAUGGCUACUUACGGAAUACAAACUCAAACUCCACUAGAGGUUGAACCUGUUCAAAUAUGGCCUCCGUCCCAACUAGUCCAAGUUUAUGAAUUUCUAGGUGUUAAUAAAAAAUUAGGAUUAAAAGGUCGUCCCAGCCGUCCAAUUGGAGCAUUAGGAACCAGUAAACUUUACAGAAUCUGUGGACAAACAAUUUUGUGUUACCCUUUAAUUUUUGAGAUUUCCGAUUUUUAUCUUUCUCAUGAUAUGGCUUUACUCAUUGAUGACAUCAAAAAUGAUCUUCAUUUUGUUGGUAAAUAUUGGCGUAUGUCUGGUAGACCAACAGUUUGUCUUCUUAUUCGUGAAGAGCAUCUGCGAGACGUUCAUUUUCGUGAAAUGCUUGACUUGUUGGCUCAAUUCAAAAAAGGAAUCCUUGACUCGUGUCUCAAAGUAAAAACGGGUCGCCUACAAAAUUUAAUUAGCUCAUCAUGCAUCGAACAUCUCGAUUUUCUUCAUCUUUUACCAAGUGAUGCUUUACCAAAACUCGAAUCUUUUCGACAAUUGGAACACACUUAUAACAUUGGCUACCAAUCACUUGCUGAUAUACCUAAAGCUUUGGUUUACAACGAACCAAUGGACGUAAAUAUUAGGAAAAUGUAUGAAACUUUACCAACCUGGCCUGAUAUUAUGGAAGCAUUGAAGCACAGUGAUACACUUUACUCUCAAAGUCAAUUGCUUGGCAUAAUUUGGGAACGAGAAGGACCCUACUUUUGUCUACAUGAUGGACAUACCGUUAAAGAUAAACUUGAACGCCUUAUGAGACAAGCCGGAGCCUUACGUCAUUGGUCUGUUGUUAGAUAUUGUUCAUCUGUAUUGAAAAAAUUGGUUGAUUCUAUUUCACCUUAUAUCACUUCAAUCUUGGUUAAUGGUAAACAGCUUACAAUCGGAACAUUUGGUGGAACUGAGCAAAUUAUUGACCAUCCAUUGACACCAAAGGAGAUUCACUCACUAAUUUACAGUACCAUUCAGGAUCCUUAUGAAGCAGUCUUACAGCAAGAAAUAACUCUUUACAUUGGUCGCCUUAUGUCUACUAAUCCUCAUCUUUUUCAAGGAAUCCUUAAAAUACGAAUUGGCUCAGUAAUAGAAGCAAUCAAACUCUAUCUUGAUUUUAAAGGAGAGAAACACCUUCAACUCGAAGCCCUUGCUCCAAGUCACCUGAGAAAGAUUCUUUUCCGUUUGCUUACCGAUGAAAAUCUUACUGUUCAGGAGAAGAGGCAAAUUGAUGGUGCCUUUUGUAGGGUUCCCAGAAAUUUUUAUGAUAAAAUUUGGGAAAUAUUGAAACGAGUACCAGGAGGUCUUGUCAUUUGUAAUCAUCAAUUACCUUCACAUCCAACUUUAUCAGAAAUGACACAACAUGAACUUAAUUUUGCAUUAUUGGUGGAAAAGCUUCUUGGAAGGAUUUCUACGCCCGAAUAUCGGCAAAUUUGUGUUGAGGUUAUCAUUGUUUUGUAUAUUGUUCUUGAAAGAAAUCCUGAAAUUUGUUUAAAUUCUAAAGUUUUUCUUGAUAUUGAUAAGAUUAUUGAUGAAUCUGUUGACAAGUACAAAGAAACCUGCAAUAAAAGUUUGAAAGAUUUUUAUUCCGAGGAAAGAUCUGUUACCUCGUCUUAUUUUGCUCGAAGCAUUUUGGACAUUUUACUUAAAGUAUCAUCAUCACAAUGUAAUGUCUAUUGAUCUUGAUCUUCCCUAAAAUUAAAAAUCAUUAUCAUGGUUAUUAGAAUCCAUUAGGUCAAUUAUUUAUGAUGUAAAUAAUUUUAAUUAUUAAUUAAAGAAACCAAAUCAUUAAGUGCAA